CUGCGGCUUUUGCCAAAAGGUGGACAUGGAGGGCACAAUGGGAUGAGGAGUGUCAUUGAUCACUUUAAAGGGAGUCGAGAUUUUCCCCGUUUAAGAAUCGGCAUUGGACGGCCUCCUGGGAAAAUGGAUCCUGUGAACUUUGUUCUUCGUCCCUUCACUAAACAAGAACUUGAAGAGUUGAAUUUUACGUUUCAAGAUGGCGUAGAAGCGGUGCGCAUUCUUUUGCUUGAGGGAUUCAACAAAAGCGCAACAUUUGUUAAUAGUGCCAAACCCUUGGAACAAUGUGGUUAAAUUGCUUCGUUUGUUAUCUUGAGAAGCAUAUUACUUCAGAAAUUCGCAUUUUGGUGAACCAUCCAUCAUUGCUUUCAUUAUUAUCUGGUAGUGACAGUGACUCACAAUACUACUUUGAAGAUCUAUACAAAGCCCCAUCAGAAAUUUCCAAUCCACUAGAGUAGUUCCAACAUUCUUUCUCUGAACGAGCAGCUGCAGCUAUGUACUUGAGAAUUAGCGACAUGUAAUUUUAUCAUUUUUUUUUU